GAGCGCUUCCUGAUAGCUGAAACCCGUAAUGAAUACGUGAAUCAUGCCUCGCAAAAACGAGCUUUCGGAAGCUUUACGAUCGCAAAUUGUUGAUCUGCACAAGGCUGGAAAAGGUUAUAAAAUAAUCGCACGCACUUUGGAUAUUCAUCGCUCCACAGUUAGGAAAAUUGUGUAUAAAUGGAAGCGAUUCAGUACUGUGGCUACUCUGCCGAGAAGUGGGCGCCCUACAAAGUCGUCUGCAAAGACAAAGAUCAGCGAGGUUGGUCAUGGCCCUAGUGAGCCAAAAGACAGAGGAGAUUCACACACUAAAAAGUUAAAAAGCGAGAGAGACUCUACCGCUGUCCGCAGUGAUGCACAGAUUAUAUAUUCCUGCUCAUCUGAUACUGAAGCUACAGAUGAUGAUCCUGUGGCUGGACGUGCGUCUGCUGGACCAUCAAAUAAUAGAGGACGAGGAGUAGGCCUUAAAAAGCAGCGAGGAAAGGCUACUGCUGUUUCAUCUAAUGACGAGACUACAGAACAAGACAGAGACUUUAACACCACCCACAAGGAUGUAGAGAUUAAACAUUCCUACUCAUCUGAUACUGAAGCAACAGAUGAAGAGAAUACGGCUGGACCGUCAGAUAUCAGAGGAGGAAGUUCAGACCAUAAAAUGGUUAUUAUGAAAGAUAACACCAUCUGUAGUGAUGGCAACACAGAUUCCUACUCAUCUGAUGAAGAUGAAGAUGAAGACCCUAUGGCCAGUCAUCUGUCAGCUGGAAUAGCAGAGAGCAGAGGAGGAAAUCCGGACCAUGAAAUGCACCAAGGAGCAACCAACUUUGCUUCAUCUGAUGAUGAAACUACAGAAGAAGAUCCAACAGAGCAGUUUUUCUGUGGAGAGAAGAAGAUAUAUGCUGGUUCCUCAGUCACAAUGGGAGCCCUCCUCCUGCUCCUCCUGGCGUUCAUUUUGAAGCACGGCUUGUCAAAAGCAGCAGCCAGAGAUCUCCUGCACCUCCUAAACUUGGUGGUACCCGGAUGUGUUCCAAAGUCGCUUCGUUUUUUAAAAAAGCAUUCGACAGAUUACAAUGGAAAGACAGAGAUUCACUUUUAUUGCCCCAGGUGUACAAACUACCUUGGUGUGGAUCCCGGUAAUGAGUGUAGCGUGUGCCAGCAGAGCUUGAACAGAAAAUAUCUGAUCUUGAAGGCUUACUACUUCCUUGUAAUGCCGCUAGAAAUUCAGCUAAGAAACCUCCUUGCACGCGUCCACUCCAAGCUUGGGAAGCAUUUCACGAGGGAUGAUUCCUUUUCUGAUGUCCACACUGGAAAUGAAUACAAGAGUGAAAGACAAGAUGGCAGUAUUACACUCACCUUCAACUGCGAUGGCUCGCCCGUCUUCAGCUCCUCAAAAUACUCCAUCUGGCCCAUCCUGUGUACCAUCAAUGAACUACCGUACGUGGAACGGUGCAAAAACGUUCUGUUGCACACUUUAUGGUUUGGCAAAGGAAAACCACAAGUUCAGAGUUUUUUGACUCCGUUCAUUAAUGAGCUUCAGAAACUGUCUACUGCAGGGUUCUGUUGGAGAGAUGAGAUCGGCUCGGAGCAUCACACCACGGUAACAGUUAAAAUAUGCACAUGUGAUGCGAUAGCAAGAGCAAUGGUGCAGAACUUUGAGCCGUUUAACAAAGAAUUUGGUUGUGGUUUUUGCUACCACAAAGGUGAGAUGGUUAUAAAGGGCAGGGCUUUUACCAGAGUUUACCCGAUACAGAUGGACGGCUGUGAUCUGAGACACAUGCCUGAAACAGUGCAACUUGCUGAGUUAGUGAUGGGAAAUAGUUAUGACCAGAGUCAAAUGGGGGUUAAAGGUCCAAGUCUCCUGUUUCUUUUGCCGUCAUUUGACAUUAUCAAAGGCUUUGUUCCAGAUUACAUGCACUGUUUUUGUCUGGGCGUUGUCCGUCAGUUUGUCAAUCUGUGGUUCGACCCGCUUUAUGCCAGCAAGGACUUCCAUUUGACAGAUAAGCAUUUAAACGAUCUAGACAGAGCCUUGUGUGAGAUCCAGCCACCAAAUGAAAUCAGCCAAAGUCCCAGGAGCCUCAGUGAGAGGAUGCAUUGGAAAGCUUGUGAGUGGAGAGCAUUUGCUCUCCUCUAUUCUCCUGUAAUACUGAGGAAUGUUUUACCAGCAGUCUACUACAAGCACUGGAUGCUUCUUCCUUGUGCCCUUCACGUCCUCCUCUCCCACUUUGCCACUCAGGAUGAGCUCAACUGUGCAGAGUUGUGUCUGGUUCAGUUUGUAGCACAGAUACCGUCUCUCUAUGGACUUGAGCAUUGUUCGUACGACUGCCAUUUGUUGACGCAUCUUACAGAAGGUGUCCGGAACUGGGGGCUUUUGUGGGCCAAUUCAGUGUUUGUUUUUCAAGACAUGAACAGCAGACUGUUGCAGAUGUACUCUGGUACGCAGUCAAUUUCAUUACAGAUUUUCAAGAAUUUCUUUUCAUAUGAGAAAAUAAUAAGGCAAGGAAGUGCUACCCUUCAGGACGCCAGCACAGAAAUCAAAGACUUCUUCUGUUCCAUGACAAGUUGUGAUCGUUUUACAAAGUCAUUAAAUUACAUUGGAGAAGAUUUAGUGAUUCUGGGAAGUGGCUCUCAGAGAGUUUUGACACCAAGAGAAAUUGCAGCAUUGCAGAAGAAUGAAACACUCUCGUGGUGCCAGCCACAUCGUGACAGUGUAACCGAAUAUAAGCGUUGUGUUUAUAAGAACAUACUGGUUACUAGUUUGGAGUGCAGUGGCACAUUAAAAAGAAACAAUUCAGUAAUAGAGACGAGCAGUUGCUUUGCCGUGGUGGAGUCCUUGGUCGUUGUACCGAAACCCUGCAGCUGUGAAGGAAGCCCCGGCUGCUCCUGCAGAGAACUGGUCUUUUUCUGCAAGCAGCUGCAGCGACUAACCAGACAGCCAACUAUCCACAACACACAGAUCAACACAAACAUCGCCAAAUUUCUUGUAAAAGUGAGGAACUCAAAUGAACUGUGUGCAAUAACAUGCCAGGACAUUGUUUCUAAAUGUUUCAUGAUUGAAUACGUGGGUCAGUUAUAUGUCAUGAGAAUGCCUGUGAUUGAGACACAUUAAAAGUCUGUCAUUUAUGAUUUAUGUCAGACCUCUGUGGGCUUGGGUUGGGAAUGUUGGAAAUGUUCCAACCAACCAUCAUCACUUUGACAACCGUCAUUAAAUCAGAUAACUCAAAUAACAAAACAUGCUGUCCAUUUUCCAACAGGUGAUACGUCCAACACAACCCUACCAUGGGCAGUACCGAAACAUGCAAUAAGCACAGCUUCUGUAUUGCAUUACUUUAUGCUCUUAUUGCAGCAGCGGGACAAAGUGCAUUAAAAUUUAUUAUUAUCUUUUUCAGUUGUGCAGUGUUCUUGUUGUACAUUAAAGUGCACCUGUACAUAUGUUUUGUAUGUAGCAGAAACUACCAGUGAAGGUCCUUCAAUUUUGUGUUUGUUUUGUAUUCAACAUCAAAUUGUUAAUAUCAGCUUUGAUUAAAAACUCGAAUCUUUGAAAAAUUGC